CCCAGCCUUGAGGCAUCGGGUCGCGAGUACCAGCGCCGGCUUCUCCCGCUUCCCUGCGGCGGGAGUCCGCUGGCCUUAGACUCUCUCGGAGGGGGCGCGGCGGGGGCGCAGAGGGGGCGGGGAGGACCCGCGACGCCCCGCCCCUCUCCGCGCUCUGGCGGCUCGGCCUGUCCCUUGGGGUCCGGGUCCCGAGGCCGCUGAGACAGCAGGCCGGCGCUGUCCGCAGGUGUCGGCGGCGGCGGCAGCGGCAGAGCCACGGGCCUCAUGGUGGGUUUCGGGGCCAACCGGCGGGCGGGCCGCCUGCCGUCCUUCGUGCUGGUGGUGCUGCUGGUAGUCAUCGUCGUCCUUGCCUUCAACUACUGGAGCAUCUCCUCCCGCCACGUUCUGCUUCAGGAGGAGGUGGCCGAGCUGCAGGGCCAGGUCCAGCGCACCGAGGUGGCCCGCGGGNGCUUGGAGAAGCGCAAUUNGGAUCUCUUGCUCUUGGUGGACACGCAUAAGAAGCAGAUCGACCAGAAGGAGGCCGAUUACGGCCGCCUCAGCAGCCGGCUGCAGGCCAAGGAAGGCCUGGGGAAGAGAUGCGAGGAUGACAAGGUUAAGCUACAAAACAACAUAUCAUAUCAGAUGGCAGACAUACAUCAUUUAAAGGAGCAACUGGCUGAGCUUCGUCAGGAGUUUCUUCGACAGGAAGAUCAGCUUCAAGACUACAGGAAAAAUAAUACAUACCUUGUAAAGCGGUUAGAAUACGAGAGUUUUCAGUGUGGACAGCAGAUCAAGGAGUUAAGAGCACAACAUGAAGAAAAUAUUAAAAAAUUAGCAGAUCAGUUUUUGCAGGAACAAAAGGAGACCCAUAAGAUUCAAUCAAAUGAUGGGAAAGAAUUGGGUAGAAACGAUCAUGGAGCACCUAAAAAUAUUCCAAAUGUGCCUGAAAAUGAUGCAAAUAAGAAUGAGGACCCCUCAAGCAAUCAUCUUCCACAUGGGAAAGAACAACUCAAACGAGUUGGUGAUGCAGGGAUGCCUGGAGUAGAAGAGAAUGACCUAGCAAAAGUAGACGAGCUUCCUGCUGCUUUAAAGAAGCCCCCUGUGUUAGCUUCUCAACAUGAAAGUCAUCAGACAAUCUCCCAUCUUCCAACUGGACAGCCUCUCUCACCAAACAUGGCUCCAGGUUCACAUCUAAACCAGAAUGAAAAUCCCAGUACUUCAAAACAGAACCCUUCAAAUCCUCUUCAGCACAUAAUUCCAGGCCCAAACUUGGAUCGGGAACCCAGAAUUCAAACAGACUCGCUAAAGCAGGCCACCCGGGACAGAGCCAAUGAUUUCCACAAGUUGAAGCAAAGCCGGUUCUUUGAUGAGAAUGAAUCCCCUGUUGAUCCGCAGCAUGGCUCUAAACUGGCGGAUUAUAAUGGGGAUGAUGGUAACGUAGGUGAGUAUGAGGCAGACAAGCAGGCUGAGCUGGCUUACAAUGAGGAAGAAGAUGGUGAUGGUGGAGAGGAAGACGUCCAAGAUGAUGAAGAACGGGAGCUUCAGAUGGAUCCUGCAGACUAUGGCAAACAGCGCUUCAGUGAUGUCCUUUAAGUCUAAGGGAUUCCCAAAACCCAGAGUGCUGUGCAGCAGAUCAUCUCUACUUGUCAACCUUGACCUUUGCUGUAAAGAUCAGUUGUAUCAGUUGUAAAGAUACAUUGAGAUAGAUUUAAGGAAAUUUUAAUGAAGGAAUGUACCGAUGUACAUAUGUGAACUUUUUCAUAUUAUAUUAUCAAAGCAGAUACUUUUUUUGGUUACUACACAGCUGGGCCAAAAACAGUUAAUCUUUGCAUUUUAAAGCAAACUAAUGUAAAUUUCACAUUUUAUUGAGCCUAUUUUUUUUUUUUUCACAAA